GUCUUAAUAAUAAUUACCUAUUAAUUUAAUAAAGGUCAAAUGGUCAAUGCGCCGGAUUACUGUUUUUUCUGUGGUUUGAUCGACUUAUUGCCCGCCAGGCGACAAUUUAUAAAAAUAUUAUUAUACCGGAACGCCAGGAACCAGUAUACCAGUUACCUGAUUUAUACGACAACCGCAAAUGAAGAGAGGACAGCAACAGCUGAGCUGGUAACCAUGAAUGGAGAAACGUUACGACUUUGCGGGGUUGUGUGUAAUAUCCAUAGAAUAAUAUCACAAAACAAAAACUGAUGGAGGGGAAAGUGAUGAUAAUGAAAUAAUAUAAUAUCAUUAAAGAACGACUAUUAUAGGGCCACAAGGACGAACCAAACAGUAUUAUCUCUCAGCACUCGCGAUAUUUGCAUAAUGCAUAAUAACUUCGCUAGAUAAAGGGAAAAAAAAUAAAAAUCAUUAACUGAUUGUCUUACCUACGUCGUAGUUAUUAGUUAUUUUUAAUACACAUGUGAACGUACAAAGAAACAAUUCUGCUGUUGACAGUGUAAUUUGUAAGCUUACAUACACCAGCAAGUUCAGUGAUGGUUACGCAAGUUUUUGUCGAAGAUUUUGUAUUUCAAUUGACUAAUAAUUUUCAUUAUUAGUCAUCCAAUUCAGUUGAAUUAGAACGAUUUUGUCUUCCGAACUAACUACGACGAACGCACAUUCAUUGUUUCGUCUGCAUUCUACAAUAUGGCUGACCUGAUGUUUGAUUAUCAGUUCCGUUUGAUACUGAUCGGUGACAGUACAGUGGGCAAGAGUUCGUUGUUGAAGUUUUUCAACGAUGGUAAAUUCGUCGAGGUGUCUGAUCCAACAGUUGGCGUUGAUUUUUUCGCUAGAACAAUACAAAUACCCAGUGGUCCACGAAUAAAAUUACAGUUAUGGGAUACAGCUGGCCAAGAAAGAUUCAGAUCAAUUACAAAAUCUUACUACCGAAAUUCAGUUGGUGCUUUGUUAAUAUAUGACAUAACAAAACGAGCCAGUUUUGAUCACAUACCUGUUUGGAUGAAUGAUGCCAAACGACACAUUGAACCUCACCGACCAGUAUUUGUCUUAGUUGGUUGCAAAUUAGAUUUGGUAAAUAAUGGUGCUAGUAAGAGGGAAGUGACUGAAGAAGAAGCCAAACAAUUUGGCGCAGAACAUAAUAUAUUUACUGUUGAAACAUCUGCCAAAACCGGUUCUAAUGUUGAAUUGGCAUUUUCUGCAAUCACCCAAGAAAUAUAUCAGAGGAUAAAAAGUGGUGAAUACCAAAUGGAAGAAGGCUGGGAUGGUAUUAAAAGUGGCUAUUCACAUCAUUCAGCUAGCAUUGACUUCAAUAACUAUAUCGAAGCUGAACCAGCUAAAUCGUGCUGUUAAAACUUAAAUCCCCUUAACAAGCUUAUUACUGUUUUUUUUUUUUUUUAUCUUUAACUGAAUAACAAUUUUACGAAACAAACAUUUAGCUUUGAUGACUUUUAAUUUUUUAAAUUUUAAAUGUUUAUAUUGACAAAUAUUAACCUAAGGUAAAUAUGUAAGCUACACUUAGGAGAAUGGUACAAGACUAGUAUUUUAUGAAUUAUUGUAAACUAUAGUUUAUUAUAUAGAUAUAUUAUAUAUAAAUGUAUAAUUUUUUUGCACAUAAUUAUAUUUUUUUAAUAUGAAUGUUUUACAAUUAAGCUUUGUAUAAACUAUCUGUCAUACUCAAAAAUAAAUUACUAUAAUUUAUUUCCAAAUGUCAACAUACACUGUUUUAUUGCUUGCUGGCAUAGAUGGUAGUCCCUGAAAGGUGGCACCAUGUGCUUAUGCAAUAAUGAUAAAAGUACCAUGAAUUCUGCUAAAGCCUUUUCAUAAUUGUGCUUAUCCAUCAACCGUUUGGCAACAGAAUAUUUAUUCUCAGUAUCCUUAAAAAAAUAUUUGUAUUAAUAUUUCUCAUUAAAUGUAAUUGAACAGUAGGUACCUGCAAAACUUUUAGAACCGGUAACAGUUUAGUUGUUUUUGAGCAAACCAUACAAGAUACUACAAACUCCAUUGAUUCUGUUGUCACCGUGAUUGCAUUUCUACAAUGUGUACACCUGAUUCUAAGUGAUGUAUUUGUCUUCAUCUGUUCCAAAGUUGGCCAAUCUUGACAGCAGGCAAUACAAUUACAUUCAAACCAAUACCUAUUACAGUAAACCCAGUGUAUUUCAGUUAAUUGCUCACAAUAUUUUGUUGUAUACAAUAGUUUAUAAUACAUAUAUUAUAUAAUAUUCAUUAGUCAUAUGGAUAACAGUUAGUUAAAAUAUUAUACAUAUGUUCAAUUAACUUGUACAAAUAUAUUUUUUAUUUAAUACAAAAUGUAAAUAAGCAGUAAAAUUAUUUGAUGACAUUUAAAGUAAAA